AUGUGGGAGGGAAACAACGAAACAGGAUUCAGAAUAAAAGAGUUUAUUCUGGUCGGCUUUCCUGGACUCCAUCCUGAUUAUUAUGGCCUGGUGGCAUUCAUACUCUGUCUUGUGUACGUCACCACAGUUGUGGGGAACUCUGUUCUAGUGGUAACAUUUGUGCACGAGCCCAGCCUCCAUAAACCUAUGUACAUUAUCAUGUUGAGUUUGGCUCUGUCUGACAUAGGGUUCAGCACUGUCGCUUUGCCUAAGAUAAUUUCACGGUACUGGUUUGAUGACAAAUUUCUAUCCUUCAAUGUGUGCUUCUCACAAAUGGUCUUGAUUCACACCUUUGGGACUCUGAACUGUUACAUCAUGGGGAUUAUGGCUUUGGAUCGUUACAUAGCCAUAUGUUUUCCUCUUAGAUAUCCUGUGGUUAUGCAAAAUCGCACCAUGAUAAUCCUCAAUAGUGUUGCCUGGGUUUUCUCCUUUGUUACUCCUGCUAUCAGCUCUGCGCAUGACUACAGGCUUCCAUAUUGUGGGCCAAAUCAAAUCUUUCAGUGUUAUUGUGAUCAUUUUUCCAUUGUUUCACAGGCAUGUGCUGACCACAGUUAUAAUACACUGAUUGCCUUCAUAUUAGCCAUGCUGGUGCUUCUGAUACCCCUGGUUUUCAUAAUCUACUCCUACAUUCACAUCAUUUUUAGCGUAGCGAGAAUAGCCAGUUCACAGGGCCGGUGGAAAACCUUCUCCACCUGCAGCACUCAGUUGUGUAUCAUCGUUCUUUACUUUCUGCCGCGCUGCAUUGUCUAUAUUUUCAAUGUGGCUGGUCUUUAUAUCAACAUAGACUUCCGCAUCACACUUAUCCUUUUCUACAGUCUGUUUCCCCCCCUUGUCAACCCCUUCAUUUACUGCUUUAGAACAAAAGAGAUCAAACAGGCACUGGCUCGCUGGUUCAGUGUAAUAAAGCUCAACAAGAAGUCCUCCAUUGCUGCUAUUGUCAAAUGACAGUCCCCAUAGACUCUGAAUAUGUAGUGGGAGAGACUCAUUAAAAGCACAACAAGUUAUGGUGUAUAGUGAAAUUAUGGGG